GAUCUGUAUAUUUUUCCUUUAAAAGUAUUUAAUGGAUUAGAAUCUAGAACGUAGGUAUUUUGCUAAGAUGGCUCCCUCUAUUAGUUGAACUGUCAACUAUACGCGUGUCGUCCAUGUUCCGAAUGUGGUGUGACUUAUUUUUGUUUUGUGUUAAUUUUCCAUACGAUAAAAUAAAUGUGAAAUGUAACAGUAUGUGUCAUUCCAUAUAGUGGAACCUUGCUCCGGCUGAAUGGAUCCCGCCGUCGCGUGGUAUCAGCCCGAGCAGGAAGGACCCGCGAAGCGCCUGUGGCUUCGUAUCUGGGAAACUCAAAGUGAAAUAGACAAAAUGAACUUGAAAAACUUAGAGAACGCUAACCCAAAUGUGAAUAAAGCUCAAGACUUUAUACCAAUAAAUGAUGUGAAUGGUGAAAAUAGGAAUAACAAUUACUUCAACCCAGCGCGGAGGAAAAUGAACGAUAACCGCGCAUCGACAUUUAACCUGAACAAAAACCACGAUGCUCUCAUAGGCGAAUUCGGUGGGUGUCCGUGGAGGAUACCCAACUAUAUGUACAAGCCAGGCAUUUUGGGCCUGCACGAGGAGAUCGAGCACUUCUACAACUACAUGUCUCCAACGGAGACGGAACACAUGGUGCGCACCACCGUGGUGGCUCGCAUCCGGUCGGCCAUCCUGUCCCUGUGGCCGCAGGCGCGGGUGGAGGUGUUCGGCUCGUUCCGCACCGGCCUGUAUCUCCCAACGAGCGAUAUCGACCUCGUCGUUAUUGGUCAAUGGGAGAAGCUGCCGCUGUGGACGUUGGAGCGCGAACUGGUGUUGCAAGAUAUCGCGGAAAAGGAGAGCAUCAAGGUGCUGGAGAAGGCGACAGUGCCCAUCGUUAAGAUGACCGACAAAUACUCCGACGUUAAGGUUGACAUCUCCUUCAACAUGAGCAGCGGGGUCAAAAGUGCUGAGCUCAUCAAACAUUUUAAGGAAAAGUACCCGGUGCUCUCCCGUCUCGUGAUGGUCCUGAAGCAGUUCCUGCUCCAGCGGGACCUGAACGAGGUGUUCACCGGCGGCAUCUCCUCCUACUCUCUCAUCCUCAUGUGCAUCAGCUUCCUCCAGCUCCACCCGAGACCGGAAAGACUGAGGCAGCCCCACAAUCUGGGAGUGCUGCUGAUAGAGUUCUUCGAGCUGUACGGAAGGAAAUUCAAUUAUGUGAAGACAGCGAUAAGGGUCAAAAAUGGAGGAUCCUAUGUGUCUAAGGACGAGAUUCAGAAGGAGAUGAACGACGGCCACCGUCCGUCGCUGCUUUGCAUCGAGGACCCGCUGACGCCCGGCAACGACAUCGGCCGCUCCAGCUACGGCGCCAUACAGGUCAAACAGGCGUUCGACUACGGCUACAUCAGCCUGCAGCAGGCGGUGGGCCCGCACGCGGCGCUGCUGGCGCGCCACAGCGUGCUGGGCCGCGUGGUGCGCGUCACCGACCACGUGCUGCAGUACCGCCGCUGGGUGCGCGACACCUUCCAGCCCUACUUCUUCCCGCUGCGCCGCGAGCGCUCGCCCGCCACCGACCCCGACCAGGAUCAGGAGUGGACGGACAGCUCGGAGCACGCGUCGCCGGCGAGCACGAGCCCGCCGCCGCUGUGGGCGCUGCAGUGCUCCUCGCCCACGCCGCGCCGCGUGUCCGCGCACCAGAGCCUCAUCAUACACCACAUCACCAGCAACUCCGACUUCAACAACAUACCCUCCGGCGUAAUCCAACGCUACUCCGGCAACCAGGCCGACAACAAGCGCGGCCCUCGCGCCAACCACAGCAGCGGCGCCACCAACGCCGGCAAGCAGCGCCGCUUCUCGCCGCCGCGGCGCCCCGCCGAGCGCCACAAGAAGCGGCGCCAGUUCGCGCAGCAGCGAUGAUGACGCGACCCCGUGCGGCACAAGUGCGACAACUGAUACGUGUCAUUGUGAUAAGUGGGGGAUUUAAAGGAAAAGUGCAGUGAGCGAUUCGUAACAAGAGAAGUGUAGUGAUGCAAUUGGAAAAUGAGGGAUUUGAAAUGUUGUGAAACUUUGUAGUGUGAAGAUUGAAGUUCAAAUUCGGAUCAAAGAAUUUGUAGUGUGAAAUCUGCGGAAAAUAAAUGUACUUGUGUGUUAAUUGUGUCUUAGUGGAAUACUCUGUGACAUUUCGUAGUCUGUUAUUGGUAUAGUAUACCACAAAACAGUAGAAUAUACAUGAGACAAUCACAUCUUUGUCCCUUACGGGGUAGACAGUCUCGAAAAGACAGCAAGGCCACCGAAAGAGAUAAAUAUGUGAUUGUAUGUAUUAGAUAUUCUAUUGAUAAUUGAUUUAGAAUACUAAAUGUCAUAAACUUAUCUAAUCUAAGACAGUCGACACAUUAUUUGGUGCACUUAUUUUUGCAGAUAAUAAAAUACAUUUUAAACACAAUAGUCUGGUCACACGGAUCCACUCUCCAGUUUCUAAUCAAAUAGUAUACUACGCUUGAUACCAUGAAAAAUAUGUAUGUCCAUCACUGCUUAGUGAUAUGUAACUUAAACAUAGGGCAGUAUUGUAAAAGGUCAAAAUUAGUCAUUUAAUAACAUGAAAAUGUCGACGAAGUGAGGCAUCUAGCAGAUUGUGUAAAUUUUGUGCUGGCAUAUUAUUAUUACACUAUAAGGAGAACCAAAAUUAAAAUUAUUAAAAAUAUUAUUUUAGGAUUCAAAGUGAAUAGUUGUCAAUAUUAUAGUAUGUACAACUGUAUAAAUUCAUCAUUACAAAAGCAAAUAUCGAUGUUAAAAUGUAACAGCUGUCAGCCUCGUCUAGGUAAGAUUGUUAACAAAAGAUUAUUAACGUAAAAGAUCACCCAAUAUUUAAAUCCUAAAAUUUAGUAAGAAGCCGUGAAAGUAAUCUCCAUCAUCUGUCUAUUUGUAAAGCACAUAAUUUUCAAUCAAAAUUCCAUAAAUGCUAGAUUUCUCGUCCUACCAGUCAAUAGAUACGUGUUAUGACUGCUAAUAAGAGGUUUAAUUUGUUAAGAUAAUGCAUAACAAAGACAAUUAGUAGUCGCGCGAUUUCUUGCCCUUUGAAGCUAUAAAGAUAACCCGGACAUAAAAAUUCGUGAAUCUGACUCGUAAUACAUUGUUGUAAAGCAAAACUUAUUCCCUCGUUGUGUUGCUCUACAAGUUGGUAGAUAAAUAUUCGUGACUGCUGUUAUAGUAUAAUUUGAAACAUCAAAGAUUAUCCGCCGCUCAACGCGUUGUUUGACAAGUUUGACGACUGCUGUAUAAACGUGCGAAUCUUAACCAUCGCUUCAAUUGAAGGAUUCACGUUUUGGGGGUAAGAAGUGGGAUUUUAGCUAGAAACAGUGUGUGAUCGAGGAUCGCCUGGCGCCGACUUUAUACUAUACGGGUCCUAUGGCAUGGCUGGACAUGUUUGUUUAUAUUUACUCUAUUCAUGUAGAUGUCGCCACCGGCUUGCAAUUUUUUGUCUGGUGCCAUCCACAUUUAAUAGAAUAAUGUUCAUGUUAUUAGGACCGAUCGCGGAUUUUUGUUUAGGCCUGUUGAGAGAAAAAUUAACUCAAAAUCAACUGUCGACUGGGUUAACGCUAAACCAAUCCCUCCAGGCGGCUUCGAUAGAUAAUGACGUGUGUGGAAAGCAAAAAUAUCUUUUUUUUUAUCUCUUUGAGAUGUUGACUGCGAAAGGUAAUUUUUUACAGACCUUUGCUAGGUGAAAAUAAAAAAAAAUAUCAAGUUACCUAAUAUUAGAAAUAUCACAGUAACCUAAGAACAUUAUAGAUGUACUAAUGGUACGUAAUUAUUUAAAAAAUACAAUGAAAAAAAUAAAUAGUUUUGUGUUUAAAAAUGGCCGCGCAACAUAAAUUUAAGCAAUUUUUCCAUUUGGUUGAUCAUAUAGACUUCCUAAAUGAUUCAGUCACAAAUACAGACAGAGUAAGCUAAGUGCCACUUGUAUAAAUUAGUUACUGAAUCAUAAGGAACUUGGAUUUGGUUUUAGUCAAGUUGAAUACGCACUAAAUUAUUAUUUUUGACGUAUGUGGAAUUCAUUCAUUACAUUCACUGCGAAAUAAAAUAACCAAAAUAAAAAAAAUAGUAAAAGAUUACGCAAAUUGAAGUAGAUAUCAACUUAAUGAAACAUAUAUUUGUAAAGGGUUUAUGAAUUUCUAUUAAAAUAUCACCUAAAUAAUAAUAAAAAAAUGAAUAAUAAGUAAUGGUGGUCAUUCGGGUAUGAACUAAAGGUAUGUUGGUUCAAACUCCAGUGCCAUACCGAUAACCUUUAUGUUAUGUACCAUAAAGGUCCAUUUACAGAUGCUCUUACUAUGAGUAAAUAAAUUAUCAGGGAGUGUGAAUAAGAAUCACAAAUGAAACAAACAAACUGAUAACUAAUCUUUCAUUUCCACAUUAUACCUUCUGCUCCAGGGCCUGCUUGACAGUUAUCAGUAUGGCCCGAAUAUAAUUCCUAAGAUUCCAAACCCAGUAAAACUUAAAUCUUAACCAGAGUCCAGCAAAGGGAUUUAAAUGAUUAAUUUUUAAUAUAAAAUAUUAUUUUAAGCCAGUCAUUAAUUUAAUCGUUGUAGAUUGUUUAAAGUUAUGUUUUAAAUUAUUUUAGCUUUGUUGUGAUCUAGUUUUUGUUUUGUAAUGCUGUCUUUGUCUGACUGGAACUAUUAAUAAGAGACAGCUUAUUAAAUGGUCCUUCGGCGGCAUUUUAUUGUUGAACUGUAUGUAAAGGUUAAAUAAAUAAAUGCCACGAUUAAAGAAUUUAACUGAUAUAAAAAUUAGCUUUAGUUUUAUUAAUUUAAAUUGCAAAUAUGGGUUAAAAUCUUUAAACUCGACAAAUUUUUCUUCUUAACAUAAAUCCCGUGAUCAUCACUAAAAUUAAAUAGUAAGGUUUAUUUCUUACUACACAAAUUCUAGAAAAUAACGCUUAACUAACGCGUAAAUUCCCAGCUAAAUUAAACCCUAUAUUUAUAUUCAUUGGUGGAAAAUCGUAUGAACUAAGUUGUCAUAGCACCCCGGAGACCACUGAAACCAAUAUAAGUGUUUCUUCUGGUUUACGAUGAGAAAUAUGACCGUUAUUAAGCAGUAAUUUACAAAUCGGUCGCGCGGGACUUACUAAAAAUAUGAUACGUCGUAAACAUUAGGUACCAUAGGACAGGCAGAAGUUGCUUCUUGUAAAAACCUGAUUAGUCCACUGUUCGACUCCAGUCUUCUGUUUAGAGAGGUUAGGACGCAACCGGGACUUACAUACAUACAUAUUAUCACGUAUAAAUCCCUUGUGGGAUUAACAUAGUCCAUAGUCUUGAAAUGACCGAAAGGCCACGUACAGCUGUAUGGCUUCAUAAUGGGAUUGAGAUUCAAAUAGUGACAGGUUGCUAGCCCAUCCCCUAUAAGAAGAAUCCCAAGUUUAUUAGCCUAUCCCUUAGUCGUCUUUUACGACAACCGUGGGGAAGAGAUGGAUUCUUUCAACACCAGAAUAUACGAUGAUGUUUCGUCAUAAACAUAGAAUUACUGUGACUUUAGACCUUAGCUAGAUAUCGGUACUCUUCAAUAUCUUUGUUACGAUUUCGACUUUUAAAAUUUGUUAAAUUAACUUGAAUUUAAUAAAAGUCAUAAUUAAUUACUAUGUAGCCAUUUAGAUAAGUAUGGUCCAAAUUAAAAUAAAAAACAACAAAAAAGGAGGCAAAUGACGGUAGACUUGACCAUACAUCAAAAUCAUUAAAAUCAGAGUCUAAUUGGCAAAUUAUGCAUUUAGUAUAAGACUGCUUUUUGGGCGAAAUCAUUUAUGUCAUAUAUAAAAUAAAAAUCAUUCGAUUUUAAAACGUUGAGAAUAAUACUCUAAUCGCAAACACUUCACAUUUUAAGAGGUGUUCAUAAGAUUUCGUAGGUAGUACAUGAACCUUAUACCUUCGAAAUAAAGUACGAUUUGCCACGCCGUCAUUUCUUAUAUUUAUUUAUUUCAUCACUUCGAAAUAUUCGUGCGUCGACAUAUUUUUGCGGGUUAUUAAAAUUUGUCGAUUGCUACUUUUUUCAUCAAAUUAACAAGAAAAAUCCAAAGUUAAUUUAAACAACAUAAUAUUUUUGCGCACUUAUGAAACAAGUUAGUAGAAUUACACGUUGGGCGCCAAUUUCAUUAACCUGUCGUUAUUAAGACAAUUAACAAAAUUGGCGCCCAACGUGUUUCACAAUAUUAUACUGAUUGAUUAUUAUUUCUAAAUUAAAAUCAUACUGCCUCAUUUAUGGCGCUAUCAAAAGCCAUUAAUCGCAUCAAACAAAAUAUUUAAACGCUUCAUUGAGCCUUAAAUUCAGAUAACGACAAUAUAUAAAGUAUUUAAAGCCGUUUGUUUUUAGUGUUUUGUAAAACAUUGUCGACGCACCAACUGACCAGUCAUGAAUUGUAGAUCUCUUGAAAGCUGUAUGUAUAUUUCUAUUUAUUUGUAUAGUUUUUGUAACAUAAAGUAUCUUAGUUUAGGUGUUUUUACCAUUUAGUAAAAAAAUAUAAAAAAUUUAUAGACUUGUUUUGUAUUAACAUAUAAGUUAUUUUUUUUCACUGCCUUAAAUGGCAACACUGGCUCGUUAUGACUACUAAAUACGAGAUAAUAGUGCUUAUAGACAUACACAUUAUGUGUUCUUGUAUAUACAAUGUAAAAAUAUAGCAUAAGCAAAGUACAUUCAACCAAACUCCUUAUAAACAGGAAAAAAAGAUAUGAACUUUAUCUAUGAAUUAGGAAGCCAUAUUCCAUAAACAUUUAAAUUUCAAGCUUACUGCAAUUAAAAUAUGGAAUAUGUUUCCAUAAUUUCAUAGAUUGUCAUGUUAAAAAAAAAAAAAAUGAGACUCGUGUCAAAUUAAAGGGAUAUUUUAGACCUGUAAAAAUAUUUUACCCGAUGGUAACCAGCAUAUUUGUAAAGACUGAACAAACUCUACAUCUCAUUAGUCUUAAAGUUCAUAACGCAAACUUUGAAUUCAUUGUAAAAUCCACGUAUUAUUUUUGAUGAAAGGUCAUUAGUGUUCUUAUGAUACUCCUUUCAUUGUUUAUAUAAUAGUUCUUAAUUGAUACAUACAUAAUUGAUUGAUUGGUCUGUAAACUGCUCGAACUUUUGCCACGAACGUAGACCCCGCGAUUAUUUAUUACGCCAACUAAUAUGAAUCUUCUGUAUAUCUAUCUAGAGUCGUAGUCUGACGCAUUUAAAAAAAAACCCUCAUUAAUUCGCGACGCUGUUCGCUAUGUUAGGACACGCCCACUGACAUAAUAUUAUGAAAAUAUAACAGUCCAUUUUUAGCAGUCACGUUAAAAAUAACUUGCUUAUUCCCAACAAUAUUGACAUUUAGUGAUUAAAGGCGUUUGGUUGAAAUGUGCUCGAUGAUCGACGAUACAUAUACGCUUCCUACAGUGACUUAUACAUGUAACUUUUGUAUUAUACAACGCGUUUUAUCAAUAUAAAAAUGUGACCUAACCAGUAGCGACUCAUAUAAGGCAUUUGUUUACUUCUCGUUAAAAUAUUAAAGGGCAAAGAUUUAA